AUGUUCAUUAGAAAGUAUUUAAAAAACUUAGCUUUUGGCAGAUAUAAUUUUUCUACCUAAGCAUAAAAGUAAGGUGGUAAUCUUUACUUAUGGUAAGGCAGCACAUUUACUUCAACAUCAGAUUUAAAGCCUGUCUUAGUUAAGGUUUGUGAUGAAACCGGUAAAUAGCUAAACAACAAGGUUGAAAAAGUAGUUUUAGGUUAAAAUGUUUCAGCUUUGAUAACUACUGAUGGUCAUCUUUAUACAUUUGGUGAAGGAAAGUUUGGUGCAUUGGGUCACAAUGAUGGCAAAGAUUACAAGGAACCUAAGCAUCUUGAAUUCUUUGCUAAAAAGAAUCUUCGUGUUGUUGACGUUACUUGUGGUAAUAGUUGUAUGAUGGCACUUACUCACGAUGGAGAUGUAUGGACUUGGGGAUGGGGUGGAAAAGGCCGUAAUAUAAUCAUGUAGUAAUUCUUUUCUUUUGCUGGUGCUUUAGGUCAUGGCGAUUAAAAACAUCAUUAUUCUCCUCAACCUGUUCAAGCUUUACGUAAAUUACCACAAGUAAAAUCCAUUUCAGGAGGUCUCUAUUUCUCUUUAGCUAUGAAUGUUUAAAACGAACUUUAUUAUUGGGGCAGAGGUUCCCACGGUGCUUUUGGUGAUGGCUACUCUAAAGAUUUAUUGCUUCCCCGUAGACAUAAUUACUUUGAUGUACUUUAAAAAACUGAAAAAACUAUUAUUAAAUCAUUAAAAAGUUGUAAUUACUACACUGUUGCUCAUCUUAGUGAUGGCAAACUUGUCGGUUGGGGAUCAAACGACUAUGGUUAAAUGGGUAUCAAUAAUGAAAUUGGAGUUGAAAUGCAUGAAACUUCACCCUAUCCAUCUCUAGUGCACUCAGAAACAUUUAAAUCACCAAUAGAAGAUUUCUAAAUAGCAGAAGAUGUUGUAGUUAUCAAGCUAUAAAAUGGUGAAAUUCAUUACAGUGGCAUGAAACUUGCUUAUCUCCCUAAGAAAUUCGAAUUACCAACAGAAGCUGGUAAGAUAAAGACUUUUGGUGCUGCAUUCCGUUCAUUUGCCAUAGUUGAUGAAAAUAAUAAUAUAUUUAUGAAGAAUAAAUUCUUGAAAACAGAUAACGAAAAUAUUAAAACUGGUGUCUAUUCUGCAGAUAAUACAGUAUUCGAUAGAGGAAAUAUUCUCUCUAUUGGUGGUACUUAUCGUACUCACUAUGCAGUUGUAUAACACUGA